CGGCGGUAGUGGUAGUGAAGACGGCGGUGGCUUCGACAGGCGGCUGCGGUCCGGAGGCUUCGGCUUCGGCGGCUUCUGCUUUAGCAGCGGCAGCGGGAGGGCCAUCGGCGGGGCCCGGGUGGGGGCAGGGGACAGGCGAUGGCGGCGGCGAUGGCGGCGGCUUCGGGCCCCGGGCCGGGGGCGGCGGGGGUCGCGGGCCGCUUCGCGGGGCUGUCGCUAGUGCAGCUGAACGAGCUGCUGGAGGAUGAGGAGCAGCUGAACGGCAUGGUGCAGGAGAUGGAGGAGACACAGAAUGUUCAGCUUAACAAAGAGAUGACUCUUGCCAACAACCGAAGCCUGGCAGAAGGAAAUCUUUUGUACCAACCACAAUUGGACACUUUGAAAGCCAGUUUGACCCAAAAAUAUCAGGAACUACAGGUUCUCUUUGAAGCCUAUCAAAUCAAGAAAACCCAAUUAGAUCAGCAAUCCAGCAACGCUUCUCUGGAGACUUUGCUAGCCCUUCUUCAAACAGAGGGGGCCAAGAUCGAAGAAGAUACAGAGAAUAUGGCGGAGAAGUUCCUCGAUGGAGACGUCCCCCUAGAUUCGUUCAUCGAUGAAUAUCAGAGUAAACGAAAACUAGCCCAUUUACGUCGGGUAAAGAUUGAGAAGCUUCAGGAAAUGGUGCUAAAGGGCCAGAGACUUCUGAAGGCCCCAGUCCAGGUGCAGCCCAGGGUGCCAGAUCCGACACCAGCUCCGAUGGUGCCCUACCCGGCUGCAGAUCCCAGCGUGCCCCCUUCGGUUGUGCCGCGGCGUAUCCCUCCACCGCCGCCGCCAGUCCCCGCCGGACGCUUUGCCACUCCGUUUACCGUGGCCAUGGGAUCAGGACAGGCUCUUCCUUAUCCAGCACUGCAGUGCCCUCCUCUUCCUCCCAGAGUGGGCCUUCCGUCUGUUAAUCACAGCCCCCAGCCGGGAUACCCUCCGCAGUUUGCAUCACCGUACCCCCCGGCCCUCCCUCAGAGACCUCCUCCCAGGCUGCCCCCACAUCCUGGCUUCAUCCUUCACUGAGUCUGCAGCUGCCCCUCCAUCCCAGGCUCAGUGCUUGGCGUUGGCGUCCCUCCUCCUUCCCCAUGAACUCUUCUGCGUCUGUGGAGUACGUGCCCCCUGGGCUUCGUGCACACGGAGAAAGAACACUUCUUGUUGGGCAGGAGCACGCCGUGUUUUUAGAAUCAGUUCUUUGGUAGGUAGUUCUUGAUUUUUGUCAAGCUGGCAGGUUGUAUAAGCUGGCCUGGAGAAUGGAGCCGCCAUACUGGGGGUUUGUUCGCGGCUCUCCCCGAGAUCUCUUCCUGUUCUAGUGCUGACAGCUGAGAAAUUCAGCUUAGAAGAAAAGCGUCCCUACCUGCCGCCAUCCUCACCACAUCUAGGCUUGUGCUCCGUCGCCGUUGAUUUCAGCAUGCUUCCUUCUAGCUCUUUUCAAAAGCCAAUUCCACAUGCAUCAGGCCAGUAACUACUGUGGGGCAGAGAGCAUUGAGGGUCUGUUGCUUUUAAAAUCCCAGACAGGCACAGCAGGUAUUGACUUUGGUGUAUUUACUUUCUACAUGGGAUCUGCUUUGGGGGGAACAUCCUUACUGGCACCCUCCACCUCCCACCCCCCAACCUUUGCUGCUUUGAAGAUGCUUAGAAGCCACAAAGCAAAGUUUGCCCUUGCCCAAAUGCUGUGGUGAGGCCUGGAGAGAGAAGUGGGAUCCGGGUUUUUUGUAUUAAGGGUUCUGGCUCUGACAUUCCCGUCUGAUCCCUGCGCUUCUCAUCCCCGACUCCCAAUCAUUUCCACUAAGAAAUACUCUGAAAAUAUUUUUACAACUCGUGAAAUUUUCCUGUUUUCUACAAAAACAAGUUUGAUGCUCAAAGCACCAUUCAGGGAAACUCUCAAAAACGCAGGAUACUUCUCAUCGUGCAGAUCAAAUGCAGAUUCCUCUCCUACGAGCAAUGCAUUGUUGCACAUGUGUGCACGACGUGCCUUAGGAUUACUGUCGGUGAUUGGACGUGUGACUCUCUGUUGCCUUCCCAAUCGCCUAAUGGCCAUAGCUUCAAUUUUGACUCAAAGGGCUCUGGAAUAGACUGCGAUGGAUGGAUGGAUGGACGGACGGACGGACGGACGGAUGGAUGAUUGGCCCUAGCCUGGCCUCAGGGCAGGAAUUGCUCUCUGUACCCUUUAGAGUCACUGACUCUCCUUUCAGGGAAGGACUUUCCUCAUAAUAGUGCUGGUUCAUCCGUCCGCCAAAAGCAGAAGAGAAAUCUUUUCCCACUGAGCCUGAAAUCUAUUGUUAUUCUCCGCUCUACAUGCAGUGUGCAGAUGGAAAUCGGUUGUGAAAACGGUGCUGCAGGGAACACAGGGUUUGUGGGGUAGGUAGGAGGGAUUAUGGGAAAACAUUUCAAAUAGGUUUGCAGGAAGAACUGCCAACGAUGGGCAUGGAUCAGCGAGGGAGAGGUUCUUCCUAGCCUCACUGACACUUCUGCCCUCUGAUACUGAACUCUCCAACACUGGGUUAAGUCUUGGGCCAGGGAUGCUGCAAGCCUCUGGUGGUGUCCGAGCCUGAGGCAGGGCCCCAGUGCCGCACGUGUCAUCAGCGUAUUCACUACAUGGUGGGAGCCAACUCCAAAGAAGGCUCAGGAGCUGUGUGGAUGUUGGAGUAAAGAGAGAACUGAAGCCUGGUUCCUUUAUGUCUGACUGAUGGCAGCUCGUGCCAACUUGUAAACAGUUGUGAUUCUGGACGUGAACUCCACGGGAUAGGCGACCACUUUUAAAGAGAAGAAAACUAACAAGAUGAUAGGUGCCACAUCAGGCAAGUGAACUUGCCGCGUUAGAUCAAAGCCGUUGUUUUUGUUAUACCUCGUCAGCUGCGCUCCACUCUUCAAGCAAAUCUGACUCCCACCGUGGUCGAGUCAGGAGCCAAAAGUGUUUGUGUUUUGUUUCUGAGAUUGUGAAAAUGGCACUAGGAGGCUGGCUUAGUCCAGGGGCCAUAUUUGGAACUGUGAGUGUAGGUCUGUAGGAAACUUUAAUAAAAGAGAUGAUUAUUAAUAA